AUUCUGGAAGUUACAGUCAGUCUGGGGGCCAGCAGAGUUACUCGUCCUAUGGCAAUCAGAGCAGUCAAAAUUAUGGACAAACACAGGGCUAUUCUGGUUAUGGGCAGAGUGGAGAUAAUUCCUCCUACGGACAGAACUAUGGAAGCUAUCAUGGGAACUAUGGACAAAAUCAAACAGGUUAUGGACAAGAUUCCCAGGGAUACGAUGAUGAAUCCAGUUAUGAAAAUCAGAAUCAGAGCUCAUACAACCAGCAGUCUUACGGCAGUCAGGGGCAGCAGAAAGGGUCGUCUAGAGGUGGAAGAGGCUCUUAUGAACAAAAGUCAAACUAUGGUCAGCACCAAAGCUCUUAUGACCAGCAGUCAAGCUAUGGACAAAACCAAGACUCUUAUGACCAGCAGUCAAGCUCAUAUGACCAGCAGUCGGGCUAUGGCCACCAGGGCUCAUAUGACCAGCAGUCGGGCUAUGGCCACCAGAGCUCUUAUGACCAAAAGUCAGGCUAUAACCAGCACCAAAGCUCAUAUGGCCAUUCUCAGCAAUCCUACCAGUCUCAGAAGGGAAGCUAUAGCCACAACAGCCAAGAUGAUCGUCGUGAAAAGAGUAGGUAUGGAGAAGAUAAUAGAGGAUAUGGCGGGUCACAGGGAGGAGGUAGAGGGGGAUAUGACAUGGAUGGAAGAGGUCAUAUGUCUGGAUAUAGUGGUGGUGACCGUGGUGGCUUCAAAAAUUACGGUGGUCAGAGGGAUUAUGGACCGAGAUCAGAUGCUGAUUCAGAGUCUGACAACUCUGAUAACAACACUAUCUUCGUGCAAGGACUUGGAGAGGAUGUUUCAACAGAUCAAGUGGCAGACUAUUUCAAACAAAUUGGUAUUAUAAAGACGAACAAAAAGACUGGCAAACCUAUGAUAAAUCUUUAUACAGAUAAGGAUACUGGCAAACCAAAGGGAGAAGCAACGGUGUCUUUUGAUGAUCCUCCUUCUGCUAAAGCAGCAAUUGACUGGUUUGACGGAAAAGAAUUCAAUGGCAAUGUUAUCAAAGUUUCUUUCGCAACUAGAAGGCCUGAAUUCAUGAGAGGAGGUGGAGGCGGUGGACGUCGAGGUUCACGAGGUGGAUAUGGAAGAGGUGGGGGCUUCCAGGGUAGAAGUGGGGAACCCAAAAAUGGUGAUUGGGUUUGUCCUAACCCGGUCUGUGGUAAUAUGAACUUCGCUCGCAGGAAUUCUUGCAACCAGUGUGGUGAUCCCAGACCAGAAGAUUCACGUCCAUCAGGAGGUGCGUAAAAGAUUGAUUUUCGUGGGAGAGGUGGCUAUGGAGGAGAAAGAGGAUAUCGAGGGCGUGGGGGCAGAGGCGGUGAUCGGGGAGGUGGCUAUGGUGGUAAAAUGGGAGGAAGAAAUGAUUUCAGAAAUGAUCAACGCAACAGACCAUACUGA